AGGCGAGGAAAAAGUCGAGCUGAGCGUUGCGUGGUCCAGCUUGGCGAGCUGCAUCUCUAUCGAGCCCCCCAGACCCAAUUUCUCUGACCUUUGGGGUGCCAAAAUUUUCGAGGGCUUUUUGUUGUCGUCGGUCGUAUCGAUCGUAGGACGUGUAGAAAUAGCUGAAGAUUCACUUGCGACUAGAACAAAGGUCCAGUUUUUUGGGUUUUUUUUUUUUUUUUUUUUUUUUUGGAACUUGACAACGAUAACAAACUGGACUACUCUUGUGAAACGGGAAUGAUUUAUCCUCCCGAAGGUUUAUUCUACAUCGAGAUGGAUCCAGCACCGCCAGCUCUCCCUCCGAGGUCAACAAAGCCAGUGUCUUCCACCAUGAACAAUAACUGCCUUUCCACACAGUCCGACUCGCUACAGGAUGCUGAAUGGUACUGGGGAGACGUCACCAGGGAUGAGGUGAACGAGAAGCUGCGCGACACACCUGACGGCUCCUUCCUGGUGCGCGACGCAUCCACCAAGCUGCAGGGAGACUUCACGCUGACGUUAAGGAAAGAUGGCCUUAAUAAACUGAUCAAGAUUUACCACCGCGACGGCAAGUACGGCUUCUCCGACCCGCUCACGUUCACGUCGGUGGUGGAGCUUAUCUGGCACUAUCAGCGUCAUCCACUGGUGGAGUACAACACCACGCUGGACCUGAUGCUCACGCAUCCCGUGUCUCGAUUCCAACAAGUAAAGGAGAACAGUGUCGAUGUCGCCGGAAGAAAGCUCAAAGAGGUCCAUUGUCAGUAUCAAGAGAAAUCGAAGGAGUUUGAUCGUCUCUAUGAAGCCUUCACUAAAACGUCACAGGAGAUCCAAAUGAAGCAAACUGCGAUCGAAGCCUUCAACGAAACGAUGAUGAUCUUCGAGGAGCAGUGCCGUGAGCAGGAGCGCUACGGGGAAGAAUUCGAGAGGAACAAUCAAUCCGACGGAGCCGAAAAAGAUCUAGAAAGCUUCCUGAUAAACUACGAGAAGCUGAAGUGCCGCCUAAGCGAUAUCUAUGACAGCAAAAUCCAUCUGGAGGAAGACUUGCGGAGCCAGGUCGAGGACUACCGAGAGACGGACCGGAAGAUGAACAGUCUGCGGCCGGACCUAAUCCAGCUGCGCAACAUCAGAGAUCAGUACCUCAACUGGCUCAAUCACAAAGGCGUACGGCAGAAACGCAUAAACGACUGGCUCGGGAUACUCAAAGACAGCCUUGACGAUACGUACGUGUUGAAAGGUGACGAGAAGAAUUUACCGCAUCAGGAUGAGACGAGUUGGUUCGUGGGUGAACUGAGCAGGACCCAGGCCGAAGAGACUCUUCAGGGGAAGGCUCCCGGGACGUUCCUAAUCCGCGAGAGCAGCAAGCAAGGCUGCUACGCCUGCUCCGUUGUAGUCAACGAAGAAGUGAAGCACUGCAUGAUCUACAGCACGCCGCACGGUUACGGCUUCGCUGAGCCCUACGACGUCCACUGCUCACUGAAAGACCUUGUCCUUCACUACCGCCUGCACUCUUUAGUGCAACACAACGACGCCCUGGAUGUCAGGCUGUCGCAUCCCGUACACGCCAAAGCGCCCGCCAUGCCGUCGCAACACGCGGAGGAGCACAAACUCUUACAGACUCCCAAACAGACAGUGAGGCUCCCGCCGGCCGCCCCGGAGAUGUAAAGCAACUGAGAUUAUACAAAGGACGCGUUUACUGUAUCCUGCGAGAAUGACUGCAUCGAGGUGCAUUGUUCAAAUGUUGCACUAACGUGAUUCCAUCGGUUUUUGUGAACGCCAUUUCACAGAUUGACGUGGGACCGGAACUUGAAUGUCAGCUUCUAUUAUUUGGGUUUUCAACAGACUGUUAAAUGUUUCCGAAAAAGAAAUUGUACUUCAUAUAUUGAUGUUUCGUUGUUUUGGACGUUAUUUUGGUGGAGAUGUUGACAAGUGCUAAAUUGUUCCCAGACGGCGGACGACCCGUUUUGGUUUGACGUCUGCGAUCGGAGUUGCCGGAGAUUUUUUUUUUUUUUUUUUGCCUAAAACUGAAUCUGAUCAAUAUGUUACAUCCUGGUAAAUAUAUUAGCGAUGAUUACUACUACUACUUAGUGCGUCGGUGCAGAGAAAAUGGUGCUGUACACAGGCUGUUUGUGUCAUCUUGGUUUGGUGGACAAAACCUUUUUCUGGGUAAAUACCACUUGUGAAUUUGUGAAAAAUUGUGGUGCAUCUUGACAAUUUGCCCCCCCCCGUUCAUAGUUAUGUAGCAUUAACAUCCUGUAGGAAACUAUUAUUUAAAAAAAAAAAAAAAAACAUACUCAAUGUUAUACCCAUUGACCAAAGCACUUGAUAGAGAGCAAAAUGACAUCCCCUGUUUUGCCCGUUCCACGCAAUUGGGCAAGCUAAUGGCAAUUUAUCUACACCUGCUGAUGAAAACAUAAUCCGAAGUACUGUAUGUUAUAUUCUGUUACUCAAAGUAUAAGCUUUUUGUAUUCUCUAUUUUUUUCUACAAACAUGCCACAAGAUGAGAGCUUGAAGAAAGUGCAAUCCAACAGUAUUUCUAUUGUUGCAAUGUGUGAAGGUUACGCCGUGGUGAAUGGUUGACGCGCACCACAAAAAGAAAAUGCACUCUUUGGUGGUGUCGGUAAGAUAUGGCGUCCGAUUUGAACGGCGGGGUGUCCGGAAGUAUCCUGCCUCCAUUACUUGAAUUGUGGCAUUGCUCCAGCUAUGAAUGUCUUACAUGACACGCAGCCUCCGUGAGUAACAGCGCAAGGAAUCCGUCUUUAAGCGGGCACAAAUUCCGCCAAGUUUGGGAACAACAGAAACUAAAAUGUAUUUCUGAGGUUCCUACUCUGGAUGAGGUCUAUUUGGCCUCAUAUAGUAAAAAAACAACCUCCAAAUGAUGGCGGAAAUGAGUGAAGCUGAGCAAUGUGAGAUCCUGACCUUUUUCUUGCUGAAAGACAAUAAACUGAUGAGGGUUUUGUCAUUUUA